AUGGCUACUCAUGUCUUGACCUCGACCAACCUCCCGGCCAACCAGAUCUCGGUCUAUGGCCAGCCUUCUCCUACCAACUCUGCCACCAACUCUGCUACCAACUCGGCUUCCAACUCGGCUUCCAAUACUCCCUCCAACAACUCCCCCACUUCUCCCCAUCUCACCACGGCUUCUCUGCACCAGCUCCCUCUGCAGUCCCGCCAGUUGCGUCCUCCCAAGGGCCCUCUCUAUGUCCCAGCUGCUCUCCGCCCGACCGAGCGCCCUCAGAAGUCGUCCCCUAUUACCCCACCGCGCAGCGUGCAUGGUUCCCUGGACAGCCUCAACGAGGAUUCCGUCGAACCCCUCAGCCGUCGCUUCACCAUGGAGAGCCAGUCCAGCAAUAUCAGCAAGGUCGCUCAGCACGAGUGGAUGAAGAACGAGUCCCUCGGUGAGGUGACUGGUCUUCCAACCCGUGAGCACUGGAAAGCGGACUCUGCUUCUUCGAACUGUGAUUCUCCUACCUGUCGCUCCUCUUUCGGUAUUUUCCUUCGUCGCCACCACUGCCGUCACUGCGGUCACGUCUUCUGCGCCUCUCACACUCCUCACCUCGUUCCACUUGACCAGAACGCUCGCUUCCACCCCGAGGGUGAGCCGUCUCGCGCUUGUGACCUCUGCUGGAGCGCCCACCAGCGCUGGGAGGAGAACCGUUCCGACCGUCUGAACAAGAUCCAGAACAACAUCGACGCUCAGCAGACCGGUGUCACCGUGCCCAACUCUGCCGAGGACAUGGACGCCAACCCCGAGGAACCCAAGGGCCAGACAGCCGAGGUCGCUGCCUCUGUUCCCCGUGACUGGAACUGGAGCACCUUCUGA